GAAAAACGCACCAGUACCCAACCCGACCGGCCUUACCUUUGGCUUCUUCCGGCGGUCAACUUCCUCCCUUUUCUUACUCUCUCGAUCGCAGUGUCUUGAGUUGGAGCCAUUCCUUCUUCUUCGGGGUUUCUUGAUUUGAACUGGUAGCUUAGCAGAUGGGUUCAAGAGAGAUUGCUCGCCCUGCGGUCCCAUCUUUCGAUCAGACUGAGAUUAACUGGGACAAGCUUGACAAGACCAAAUUAUAUGUUGUUGGAGCAGGAAUUUUCAGUGGUGUUACUGUGGUACUGUAUCCUCUAUCUGUAAUAAAGACCAGGAUGCAAGUGGCUUCAAAAGAUGCUGUGCAGAAGAAUGCAUUUUCGGCUUUCAAAAAUAUUCUGAAGACUGAUGGCAUACCUGGUCUCUAUAGGGGGUUUGGGACAGUAAUAACUGGAGCUAUUCCUGCCCGGAUCAUUUUUCUCACUUCUUUGGAGAUGACAAAGGCAGCUUCGUUAAAGCUGGUGGAUCCAUUUAAGCUUUCUGAACCAGUUCAAGCUGCUAUAGCUAAUGGCAUUGCUGGCAUGUCAGGGUCUCUAUGCUCGCAAGCUGUGUUUGUUCCUGUAGAUGUGGUUAGCCAAAAGUUGAUGGUUCAAGGAUACUCUGGUUUCGCUAAAUAUAAUGGUGGAUUUGAUGUUGCUCGUAAAAUUUUGAAGUCUGAAGGAAUCAGGGGACUUUACAGAGGAUUUGGUCUGUCUAUCAUGACAUAUGCUCCUUCUAGUGCUGUGUGGUGGGCAAGUUAUGGAUCAAGCCAACGGAUUAUAUGGAGAUUCUUAGGUCAUGGCAAUGACAAAGAAAAUGUUCCUCCUAGUCAGUUGAAGAUAAUUUGUGUCCAAGCAACUGGCGGUGUUGUUGCAGCUUCUAUAGCAUCAUGUAUCACUACACCACUUGACACUAUCAAGACCCGACUGCAGGUUAUGGACAAUACUCAGAAACCAAAUGUAAGACAAGUGAUUAGAAGAUUGAUUGCUGAAGAUGGAUGGAAAGGCUUUUAUAGAGGGCUGGGUCCCAGGUUUAUCAGCAUGUCAGCAUGGGGUACUUCAAUGAUUGUAGCAUAUGAAUAUAUGAAGAGGCUUUGUGCUAUAACUGAAGAGAGUUGAGUGUGAGAAUCCUAUUUGAAAAAGCAAGUUAUCUGCAUCUUCAAAGUGGAGAUAUACGAGGAUCUGAUACUAUUAGCGUUGUGCGGUAGUGAAAUCUCUCUUAGACCAUCAUUAUACCUUAAAUUCAUUUUCUGAGGGAUCCUUGUGAGAUGCAUUUACGGUCACUAAACAGCUGAGGCCUCAUUUUGUUUCAUCCUUUUGACGAGGAAUUUUACCCAGUUUAACUCUGGUAAGUAAUUGAUUCUCAUACAAAGAUAUGAUUUUUUCCCCCCAACUCAGGAUCGUAGUAUGAAGAAUUCCAUUACGGUUUACAGUUGAACCAUGUAAUAAAACAACUAACAACGUUUUCUUCCUAACAUUAUUCUUGGUGUCAUUAUGAUGUUUGUUUCUUAUUAUCGUUUUUAAAAAAGUGAUUAAAAUAAUAUGUUACCAUUUCAUACUAA